UUCUGUGUAUUUUUUUAAAAUUUAUAAUCAUUUUAUGAUUUCAAAAUUGACUGUAAUCGGCUCGUAAUCGUUGGUAAUAGCGAUAUAAUCUUUAAUAUAUCGAAAUAUCGAAAGCACAAUAUAUAUCGCUGACUAGUUGUUGCUAUAGUCACACUGUAGGCUCUGUAGUCAACAAUUGCCAUAAAAAAUAACGUAAACAAUUGUAAACAAUUGUAAACAUGGCAAAUAGAACAGUUAAAGAUGCUAAAUCAAUUAGAGGAACAAAUCCUCAAUAUUUAAUUGAAAAAAUAACACGUACUAGAAUUUAUGAAUGUAAAUACUGGAAAGAAGAAUGUUUUGCAUUAACCGCUGAAUUACUUGUUGACAAAGCAAUGGAAUUAAGAUUUAUUGGUGGUAUAUUUGGUGGCAAUGUAAAGCCUACACCUUUUUUGUGUUUAACACUUAAAAUGUUACAAAUACAACCAGAAAAAGAUAUUAUUGUUGAAUUUAUUAAAAAUGAAGAAUUUAAAUAUGUUCGUGCUUUGGGUGCUCUUUAUAUGAGAUUAACUGGUACUGCAUUAGAUUGUUAUAAAUAUCUUGAGCCAUUAUUUAAUGACAGUAGAAAAUUACGUGUACAAAAUAAACAAGGUGAAUUUGAAAUAAUUCAUAUGGAUGAAUUUAUUGAUCAAUUAUUAAAAGAUGAAAGAUCUUGUGAUAUAAUAUUACCAAGAAUACAAAAAAGAUAUGUAUUAGAAGAAAAUAAUGAGCUUGAAGCAAGAAUAAGUGCAUUGGAAGAUGAUAUGGAUGAAAAUAUUGAAUCAUCUGAUGAUGAUGAUGAAGAUGAUGAUAAUGUACAAUUACCACCACCAACACAAGUAUCAUCAUCAUCACAUGAUGAUAUUAGAAAACGUAUUGAUGAUUAUGAACGUGAUCGUAAUCGUGAUCGUGAUCAUCGUCAUCAUCGUAGUCAUGAUAGGAGAAGAAGUGAUAGAAAUGACAGAGCAUCUGGUCGUGAACGUGAAAGAUCAAGAAGUCGUGAUCGUGAAAGAGAUAGACACCAUUUAUCAUCAUCAUCAUCAUCAUCAAGAAGAGAACGUGAACGAGAUCGUCGUCGUCGUGAUGAUCGUGAUGAUCGUGAUAAUCAUCGUGAACGACGUGAUAGACGUCAUUAAAUUAAAUUAUUUUUUUAAUUUAUUUUAAUCUUGUACAUAAUUUAAUCUAAUAAAAUUGAUUCAAUAAUAA